AUGAAGAAAAACAAAAUAGAAGGAGCAGAAGAAAGCUAUCAAAAUUGCAAAAUUCAUAAUUGCCAGCUAAAAUAUAUUUGUGUAGAUAUAGAAUGUGACUCAGAGCAAAGAGAUUGCUGUGCAGAAUGUCUUGUUGACGGUGAGCAUAGAGAACAUGAAUAUAAAUCGAGAAGAGAAGCUGUUUAAAGAUUAUAAGAUGGCGCUAUCCAUGCGCUAAGAUAUUAUGAAGGCUGUGAAAAGUACUUAAAUAUUAGGCCAGAAGUAGAGGAGAUAUUAGAAAAUAUGAAAUUAGGAAUAAACAAGGCGAUAGACGAAUAUAAAUAAAAAAUAUUAUAUUAGGUGGACACAUAGAAAGGAUCUUCUGACAUUGAUUAUACAAAUUAAGAAUAGCAAGAAAAAUUGAAGACAUUUUUGAACUCUAAUGAUUGGCCUUCUGAAAAACUUAAUCAGGAGCUAGCUUUCGCUUUGUUGCAUUUAAAUUCAGAUAAAAUUAUGAAUGAAAAAGUGAAAUAGGUUAUCUAACAUAAUUAAUUUAUAGUUAAAAGAGUUAAUAAAAAAAUGAAAGAGUUUUUAUUGCAAGUUAAACUUUUUUUAGAUAGCAACUUCAAAAUAUUUACAUAAGCUGAUUUUUAUCAUGGCAAAUCUAAAAGAGGAGAGAAUUUCUUUGAGACAGAAAAUAAUGGCGAAGAUAGCGAUGAUUUUUAUGAAGGAGGAUCAAGCAGGAUGGAAGUAGAUCAUCCAAAUUAUGCAGAGCAUUUAGAAAAAAAGAAAUAAUAAGGCAAGAGUCCAGCAAAACAAAGCAAUUCACCAAAGUUGAAUAAAAAAAAAGAGGAAUAGAAACAAUAAGGAUCAAGUAUAUCUCAAUCGCCUAAAAUAGCUAAAAAUAUGUUUAAAGAAGACGCAAAAGAUGAAGGAACGAUAUUUUAGAAGCAGCUAACUCCUAAUUAAGGAGUAAGAGGCUCAUAAGAAAUGCCUUCAAAUCUUAAAAACAAUCAAAUGCCUUCUAACAUUUCUCAUUAACCUAACUUUUAAGAAUAAGAACAUUAAAAAAACUCAUAGAUUAAAUAAUAACCUCAAGCUAACAAGAAAUUUUAGUAGUAUGAAAAUCCGGUGAGUUUUUUUGAUACAGAUCACUUUGAGGGUAAAAUAAGCUUUUAAUAUGAUGGUCACACUGAUUUCAUAAGAAAAUUGGUAAAGGUAGAUGAUGAGACAUUUUUAUCUAUUUCUGAUGAUUCUACGAUCAAGCUAUGGAAUUUCACAUACAACCAGUGCAUAGCUAAUUUUUAAGGUUUGCAUCAAAGACAGAUAUUGGAUAUAAAAAUGUUGAGAGAAAACACAUUUAUAAGUUGUGGAAGAGACAAUAAACUUGUUUGGUUAGAUGUUGAUAGAUAUUAAAAAGAUAUAAGAGAUGUUAAUAAAAGUAUAUUAUGCUUAGAAGUAUUAGCUGAAAGGUAUAUUCUUUUGGGUAGUAUUAAGCAUUUAUAUUUAGUGGACGACGAAAAAAAAGAAACAAUAAGUGGUAAUCUUUUGUAAUUAAAGUAACUAAAAGAGAACGCACAUGAAAAAGAAAUUCUUUAAAUUACUUGCAUUUAAGAGUAGAGCGUUUUUGCUACUGCAAGUUAUGAUAAAAUGAUUAAAAUAUGGCUUUUUUAAUCUGAAAAGCAAGAAAUUUUACAUAUAAAAGAUUUAAGUGGUCAUAAAUAAGCUGUAAGAUCUCUUUGUGUUGGUAUUAGGACUAAUUUACUAUUCUCAGGGUCUGAUGACUCUUAAGUCAUUCUUUGGGAUUGGCAAAUUGGACAGCAAAUUAGAUCUUUUUAAGGACACACUGCCGCCAUUUAUGCCAUAGAUAUAUUAUCUCCCAAUGAAAUAGCUACUGGCUCUUACGAUAAAUAAAUAAAAAUAUGGAAUUUUAAUAAUGGAAAAUGUAUAGGGACAGUUUCUGGUAAUCAAUCAGGAAUUCUUUGUUUGAUUAAGUACAAUUAACGUGCAAUCCUAACUGGAUGCGAUGAUCACACAAUUAAAAUUUGGGUUUGA